UAUUACCGGGUGCGCGUGCGCUCAGCGCGUUUUUACCGCAGUGUCUCUGGAUUAGUGCGCGGCGCUGCGGCACUCCGCUCGGUUCUCAACGGGAAGCGCGAGAAAAAGCGACCGAACCGCGUCCGUGAGCACCAGCCGUUCCAUCGCGCUUAUUCCCAGCGGUUAUCAAAGCGGCGCGCACCGGAGACAUGGCCAAAGACGACGAGAAGAAGGAAUCCGGGGAAUGGAAGGAAUUCUUCUGGAACCCACGGACGCACGAGCUGCUCGGGAGAACGGCGAGCAGCUGGGGUCUGAUUCUGUUGUUCUAUCUGAUCUUCUACACAUUUCUGGCUGGCAUGUUCUGUCUCACCAUGUAUGUGAUGCUGAUGACGCUAGAUGAUUAUAAGCCCACUUGGCAGGAUCGUCUGGCUACACCAGGUAUGAUGAUUCGGCCAAAAGGCGAUCCUCUAGAAAUCGUUUAUAACAUGGAUAAAACAGAGAGCUGGGACUCAUACAUCCAGGCUCUGGACAACUUCCUUGCACCCUAUAACGACUCUCAGCAGGCGGUGAAGAACGACGCCUGCGUCCCGGAUAAGUACUUCCUCCAGGAGGACAGCGGCGAGGUGCGUAACAAUCCCAAACGCUCCUGCCAGUUCAACCGCACCAUGCUGGGGAGCUGCUCCGGACUCGAGGACCGCACAUACGGAUACCAGGACGGAAAACCCUGCGUGCUCAUCAAACUCAACCGGGUGAUUGGGCUGGAGCCAAGUAAGGAUGGAAAGUCUCCAUUCGUCUCCUGUUCAGCAAAGGCUCAGAAGAUGGCUCAGACGAACGAAACCAAUCCUGCAGUCGAAUACUUCCCUACAAACGGAACCUUUAACCUCAUGUACUAUCCAUACUACGGCAAGAGAGCACAGGUGAAUUAUUCUCAGCCCCUGGUGGCUGUGAAGUUCACAGAGCUCACUCUCAACACCGACUUCAACGUGGAGUGUAAGAUCAACUCUGACAUUCAGUUCAAGAUCAGCGAAAGAGACAAGUUCGCCGGCCGCGUGAUCUUCAAGCUGCGCGUCAACAAAGUGUAGAGCAACUGCAUCUGCCACACACACGCAUACACACACACACACACACACACACACACACAUACAGGAGAUGGUAGGAGUCCUUCAUAUCUCAAAGUGUUCAGUGUAUUUGUCCGUCCGCAUUCUCCUGUCUACAUGAUGUUUCUGUGUGUGUGUGUGUGUGUGUGUGUGCGUGUCUUUGUAUCUCUGUGUGUGUUUACUCUUGACUGUCGUCAUAUCCAACUGAUAUCAUUCCAGGAAAACAUCAUCAAGCCUUUCUAGAGCUCUAGACACAAUCAUCACGAAUCCAGUGAAUUCAGAGGGACCACAAUCAUCCCAAAACCUGCCAAGAAAUUAUAUUUCACAUAGAGAAAAUGUGCUCCCAAAAUAUAGGAAGAUAACACCAUGAUGUGAAAAAUCUAAAAUAGACUUCAUUUUCUCUAUGCAAAAUAUAAUUUCUUACCUUUGUCUUUUGAUAUCAAGCUAAAAUGUGUAGUCUACAGUAUAUAAUGGCUUUUAUGUUACUGAGCAUAUAGAAUUAGGUCAAAUCUGGUCAGGAUCAUUGGCAAAAAAAAAAACAAAUUGUGUAGAAAUGCGCAUAUGAGAUCAAUAUGAUCAAAAAUCGCCUCAGACUGUAAUCGGUUACAUAUCGUCCUCUUAACUUGAUGUCUGUUUUAUCCAUUUAUUUAUUUAUGAGAUUAAGGUACAUUCAUAAUGUUAUUUAUUUAUUUAUUAUUGGAUUUGUGGUUUUUAUUUUUUAUAUAAUGACAACGUUUGUGAAGACACUUUUGUAACGCUGUUAUGUUCACGAACGCACACACACACACACACACACACACACAAGCAAAGUUAAAGUGAAACGAUUGGCUGACGUUCUGCACAUGCUCAGAUUGCCCCGACACAUUAGCCAAUCAGCUUCAAGCUACGCCAUAUCAGUUUGCCAUUAAUUAAUUUGCCCAGUCGACUGAUAACAUAUUCGCUCCAUAUCGUCCAGAAUGUGUAUGAAGCGUGUACACAGCAAUACCUUCUGGUCCACGAGUGUACUGUUAAUACUUGUAAAUAAUACAGAAUCUGAGGUAGAUAACGAAGAGAGUAGUUGCGAAGAAAAGCGUGGGGGGGAAAAACGUUAAAUUUGCAAAUCCAUGUAGAUGAAUGAACAAAUGUGUUUUCUUCCCAAAAAGUUUUUAUUUAUAUAUGUUUAUGUGCUGUUGAGCACGUCAUGGGUUAGCACCUGUUAGCACAGCGGAAAUAUGACGCAAACACUAGCAGCAUAUGUUUCUCGAAACUUUAUUUAAUUUCUUCUUAGCUUUGGUAGAAUCUUAGAUUUUUAUCAUGUGAUGUGACAUUUGGAUGUUCAAGGCGAUUCGAGUCAAAUGGACAAGUCAGACUCCCGAUUUGUGAGCGAGACAUUAGCGUAGUGCAUAUUAGCAAACCACUAGCCUGCCGUCGUCGACGCGCGGGUGGCCUGUCGUGUUUAUUUUUUAUUUUGUGUUCCUUCAUUUCACCCCCAGUAGUGAAUGUGCUGUGUUUCUAUUGGGUUACUGCCACAGUGUUGUGCGUUUGAAACAUUGGCGGGUGUGCGCUAGAAAAGUGUGUGGGAAAAGAAAAAGAGCCAAACUGGGCCAAACUUUCGAAAUUAACGAGUCCAUCCGUCGCACAUCAGCACACAAUUUACAGCCUGAUGUUGGGAUCAGUUCAAUGUUUACACAGAGCAGUGAUUAAUAACUAGCUAAACUUACGCUGCCUGCCGUACGUUUACUACGAUCUACUUCACGUGUGCUGCCUGACCGCUCUAUGUCAUGGAAUAGAUUUUAUAUGUUUUUAAGAUAUGGUAGAUCCAAUUAUUGCACAUUAUUUCAGAUUUCUGUACUUUAGACACUGCAUCGAUGCGUGUUAGCAUGUCGCUGCACCGAGUGCUUGUAUACAGAGCGAGCGUAGAUCAUGCACAUUAUUCAUUUCCGUAAGAAGAAAAAUCAAGCAGACAGGAAUCUGGGACAACAUUAACCAUGUAAACAGCACAUGAAGUCAUCAGUGAUCUCACUCUUAAAGUCGUGGUCAUGUGGUCAUGAUGCUUGGUGCAAUUCUGCAAGAGAGAUCCAGUCAUUUCAAUAGAAAUACAGAAUACAUUUCCUGCGCUGACCAACAGAAAGCGAUGGAAGCUUAUUUCCACCACGUAAGAAAAAAAAAAUCAAGUUUAGGUCAUAUGAGAUUAAAUUAAGAUAAAAUUUUAGAAAUUGAAAUUAUGAGAUUAAAAAAAGGCAACAUCAAAAAAUCUCGUAUGAGAUUGUCAUAAUUUUCUCAUAAUGUCAUAAUGUCUUUUUAUGCCAUAAUUUUGAUAUGGUAUCUCAUAAUUGACUUGAUAUGUCAACUUUGAGUUUUAAAGUCAUAAUUUCAACAUUUCAUCUUAUAAUUGUGACAUACAUCAGUGUUGACUUUUUAUCUCAUAUUUAUGAGUUAAUAUGUAAAUUUUGACUUUAAAACUCAUAAUUAUGACUGUCUAUGUAAACACCUUUUAUCUCAUAAUCAUGAUUGUUUAUGUGAUAAUUAUGACUUUAAAUCAGAAUAACUUAUAAAGUGAGAAACAUGUUGUCUCAUAAUUCGAUUUUUAUCUCAUAAUUAUGAAUCAGUACAUAAAUUGUGACUUUUAAACUCAUAAUUAUGACUUCACAUCAUAAUUUUGACUUUUUAUCUCAUAUUCAACUAUGUAAAUUUCGAUUUCGAUUCAAAUUUUGACUUCUCGUCUUUUUAGCAUAAUUAUGACCAAUUAUAAAGCCAUAAAUUCAAGUUUGUAUCUCAUAAUUAUGACUAUGUUAUAAUUCCAACUUUUUAUCUCAUAAGUAUGACUUAAAAAGCAUAUUUGUUUUUCUUAUAUGGAAGAAAUGGGAUUCCAUAAAAAGCUAAUAAGAUACAUGUAUAAUUUAAAUUUAUAAAGUCAUAAUUAUGAUAUCCUCAAUUUUGACUUUUUAUCUCAUAAUUAUGGUUGUUUAUGUGAUAAUUAUGAAUUUAAAUCAUACUUAUAAAGUCAGAAACAUUUUGUCUCAUAACUAGGUUUUUAUCUCAUAAUUAUGAAUUGGUAGAUAAAUUGUGACUUUUAAAGUCAUAAUUACAACACCUCAUAAUUUCGACUUUUAAUCUCAUAUUUGACUUAGUAUGUCAGUUUUAAAGUUUUUAUCUCAUUAUUAUAACUUACAAAGCAUGAUUUUAUUCUCUUACAUGGAAGAAAUUGGAUUCCAUAAAAAGUGAACUGGUUUUUAAUUGACUGGUGUUUUUUCACAAUGGUGACCACACAUUUACAGCUUCAAUAACACCUAGACGCUUCGGACAA